CUGCGCUCACACAAACACACAACUGCCACCCCCGAUUCGGUGUUUCAUUCGUGCGAAUGUAGCAUUGCAGAGUGGAAGCAAUCAUUUAUCACUCUCGUUCAAACUACGCUUGGGAAAAGAGACCACGAUGAUUCCUCCAUUCAAUCCACUUCACCGACACAAACAUCACCAACAGGCAACACGCAUCCAUGCGCGCCCACUUCCAGCGAUCAACCAAUGCAAAACACACAACUGGCUGCCUCGGCAUUCUACCAGCCAUCUCACGAGGUGAACGGUGGAGUUUUCGCGCCAGUGAUCGAUUCUUCUUCAAGCUCGCAAGCGCUCUGCCCACAAGCAUUGGGUGAGACACACGUCCUCACCCACUCAUCAUCCGCACCGCCAAAUCGGAGUUCAAGAGGAACUAACGUAGAUCCAAACAUGCGAUGGCAACGUAGAAAUGCCGUGAGACAGUUUUACUACCCAAAUUGGGAAACAGUAAGCAACAUAUCGCGGCAACUAGAAGAACUGAUAUCCGCAAAUGAUGAGCAGAAUGAGGAGGUGGUGAAGGACGUGGAGAAGGAAAACAACAGCGACGAUUCAGCUAGCGGAAUUCCAAGCGUCCAACAGUCGAUCGACGCACAUCCAACUCCACUCAGUGAGUCCUAG